GAUAAAAUUUUUGUGGAGGGAGGAACUAAAAAAGAGGCAAUAACAAUUUUAUACGGUUCUCAUCUGGAAAACAAGAGUUGGAAGUGGGCCCAAGGCUGCGUGUAGUGUGGUGGGGUUUUCUUUAAGCUCUCAGAUCUGGAAGUUUGGGGAAGUAAAGACAGGGUUUUUUUCUUAAAAAAAUCUUCUUCAUUAUUUACGGAGUACUUCAGAGUAAAGAGAGAAAAGGCCCACUUUUCACUGCAAGCCUUUUCAAUUUGAAGGGUAGAGAUUGAGCAUUAUAUAUUCUUUAAGAGGCCAUUAUCACACUGUAUUGUGUCUUGGAGAGAGAUUUGAAGGAAUGUUGACUCUUGAGAGUCCUUGCUCUACUUUGCUCAGGGAACUCCAGCAACUGUGGACUGAGAUUGGUGAGAAUGAGGAGGAGAAAGACCAAAUGUUGAUGAAGCUGGAGAAAGACUGCUUAGAAAUAUACAGAAGAAAAGUUGAUGAAACUGCUAGUGCCAAAGCACGCCUUCACCAGUCUGUUGCAGCAAAAGAAGCAGAGCUUGCAACCCUAAUGGCAACUCUUGGUGAACUCACUAUUAACUCACCGAUACAGUCGGCGAAGAAGAAGGAAAUGGCAUUGAAGGAUCAACUGGCAUUAAUCUCACCACUAGUUGAAGAUUUGAAGGUAAAGAAAGAGGAGAGACUAAAGCAAUUUGCAGAUGUAAAGACACAAAUGGAGAAGAUAAGGAGUGAGAUUUCAGGACAUGCCCAUAACAUGAUCAAUGGUGUGAAUUCUACUUUGAGUCUGGACGAAAAUGACCUGUCGUUGAGAAGGCUCUCCGAGCACCAAUUCACCCUUCAUGCUCUUCAGAAGGAGAAGUCUGAGCGGGUUCAGAAAGUGUUAGAGUUUGUAAAUGAGGUUCACGCCUUGUGUGCUACUCUUGGAGUGGAUUUUGGUGAAACAGUAAGCAUUGUGCAUCCAAGCUUACAUGAUGCAGGGGCAGAACAGUCCACAAAUAUCAGCAAUAGCACGAUAGAGGGCCUAGAGAAGACGAUAAUGAGGCUGAAAACAGAAAGAAAAGAACGUUACGAGAAGCUGAAAAAAAUAUCUGACUCGCUAGUUGAACUGUGGAACUUGAUGGACACACCAAGAGAAGAGAAGGCUUACUUUCUAAAGGUUACCUCUGUUAUUGAUUCUCCCGAAACAGAGAUCAAGGAACCAGGUGCUCUUUCAUUGGAUAUCAUUCAACAGGUAUUGUCAGAAGUUGAGAGGUUGACUAAACUAAAGGCGAGCAGGAUGAAAGAGUUGGUCGUGAAGAAGAGGUCGGAGUUGGAGGAGAUAUGCAACAAAAGCCAUAUUGAGCCUGACCCAAGCACUGCUAUUGAUAAGUCAUGUGCAAUGAUGGAAUCUGGUCUUGUGGAUCCUUGUGAGCUUUUGGCAAACAUUGAAGCCCAAAUUCAUAGAGCAAAGGAUGAAGCUUUGAGCCGGAAAGAUGUUACUGAUAGAAUUGAACGAUGGCUUUCUGCUUGUGAGGAAGAGAGCUGGCUUGAAGACUAUAACCAAGAUCAAAGUCGUUACAGUGGUGGACGAGGUGCUCACAUAAACUUAAAGCGAGCUGAACGUGCCCGAAUCACAGUAAACAAGAUUCCAGGUAUGGUUGACAGUCUGAUUGCCAAGACUCUAGCAUGGGAAGAUGAUAAGAAGAAGCUGUUUCUUUACGAUGGGGCACGUUUGGUGUCGGUGUUGGAAGAUUACAAAUUGACCCGUCAACAGAAAGAAGAGGAGAAAAGACGUGCUCGGGACCAAAAGAGAGCUCAGGAUCUACUCCUCGCGGAAAAGGAAGCCAUCUAUGGCUCAAAACCAAUCCCGAGAAGCAGUAGCUUUAGGAAGGGGAAUGGAAACGUCACCCCCUCGCCGCGCAGGAACUCCGCGGGCUAUCAAACUCCGGAGAUCUCAACGCCGCGCUCUUACUCCGGCCGACAGAACGGACAUUUCAGGAGGCUGUCGACCGCCCCCCUGAACUUCGUGGCAUUAGCCAAGGAUGACAUGACUGGCUUCUCGUCCGUGUCCGGGUCCGAACCCGAGUCUCCCCUUCGGCACUGAAAUAUGCCCGAAACCCAACCCCUAUAUAGUGCGUCUCUGAUGUUACGCUUUUGCUUUUGCACGUCGCGCGAUGGGCCCCGCUGACAUAGGAUGUGAAUAUAGAGGGAGAAGUUGCACAUGAGUUUGAAUCUAAAAUGUGUGUUUAGGAGAAGAGGGGAAGAAUAUGUAUUGAUUAUGAAGAGUGUGGGGAAUAAAUAAUAGGGACAUUAGUGUUGACCAUAAUGAUAAAUAUGAGGUUGAAUUGUUGUCUUCUUUUGCUUAAUGUAGGUACAAUGAUGUUAUUCCUUUGACCUUUAAGGUGAUGAAUGAAUGUAAUGUAGGAUAUUGACUGGAUA